AUGGCUGCUUUGUCCACUAAUAGGGUGUUUCCUGUCAUAAUUGGGGGCAUUGGCUCUGUUUCUUAUUACGGUGGGGUCCCCGAUGUCACUAAUUAUGGAGGGCUUCGUCGAGUCCCUGGCUUUCCCGAGCGACGAAGAACGAGCGCUUAUUUCCGCAAACGAGAACGCGUGCGGGGGGCGCCGUCGUUCACCCUCGAGGACCUCCCGCCGGAGUCCGACUACCUGGUCAAGGUCUACGCGCAGAACGUCAAGGGAAAGAGCGUGGAGCAAGUGCUGCACGGGUUCACGUUGCCUUCCGCGCAGCCGGGCACAGCUGUUCCUGCCACGCACAUCUUCCCCAUCACGCCCAUCUUAGGCGUGCUGAUCGGCGUGGUGGCCGCCCUCGUGCUGGUGGCCGUGGUGGUGGUGGUGGUGAUGAAGCUCCGGGGAGACACCAGGACCAUCAAGGGCAGGCCGGAAGGGGGGGCGAAGGGGCCACACUCCCCCCUUCACCCUGCCAAGGAUGGAGAUGACGGUCCCGACGUCAUCUUGUGUCGCACGGACUCGACCUACGAGGACGUCGACGGCAUCCCGCAGAAGCUAAAACACGCCAACAUCUACGAGACCGUCCCCUACGACACCAAGGACAAGAACAGCAAGAACAGUGAGAGCGCUGACAAGGACGAAGUGGCAUACGCCGAGCUGACCUUCAGCAACGGGAAGAGCAAGUCGAAGAAGAGCAAGAAGGCGGGAGCGAACGGCGCCGUCAGAUGCUCCGAGGAAUCCACCAUCUACGCCACCAUCGACCACAGCCGAACCGCCGCUCACCAGAAGCAGCAGGGGAUGCAGCAGCAGCAGCAGCAGCAGCAGAAGCAGCUCCAGCAGGCGCAGCAGAAGCAGAAAGACCUGGAGUCCAUGUGCCAGGUGGAGACCGACAGUAUCCCGCUGAUGGACGCAGCCCUCGAGAGCAACGUAUGAAGGGUGUGCUUGAAGCGGCGCGGAGAGACACGUAGAGGGGUUCGGGGAGGCCUCGCGAGCGCCCCACAAAAGUGCCUUUAAUUAGGAGUUAAGUUUCCUCUUUCGUAAUUGUGUGUUGAGAUAAAGACGAGAAUGGUAGGAAAAAUAGGGUGUCUGGAUUACUUUUUUUUUGGCUAAUUACGUUUUGUUUUCUUUAUUUUUUUUCUUGUAUAUAAAUAUAAGGAGAUAUUUGAUUAAACGUAGGUUUGUAUUAGCUCAAAGUUAUAUGAUUUCUUUUCAAACACAAAUGUGAAUUACUUUUUUUUAGAUAUUGUAACAGACAGUAGGUUAUAUGGAUUAUGCCACUUUAUAAAUACAUAAGACAUUUCUGUAUUAUAAUAACAUAUUAACAGUGCCAUGCAAGCAGUAGAAUACAUUAGUUUUUUUUAAAUUUACAAAGAGAACUAAGAUUACAAUAAAUGUUUUUAAGUUAUGCCUUUUAGCAGAUUUAUCGUAGUUUUAUCCAAUAAGUGUCCGAAGUUUCGUCUUUGAAGUGAAGUUGCCGUCAAGAUGAUUAUGAAAAUGUCUCUUCUUUCCGAUGUGGGUUAUUAAGGGUACUAGACGACCCUAAACACAUACUCAAGGCCACGCGAAGUAAAACAAGGCCUCGUCACACAGCGAUUCAUCAAAAAGGAUUUUAAGUCGGAGCAAUACGUCCACUGCCUCUUGAAAUACUCGAUAAAGAAUGAGAAUAAAAAAAAAGGAGAGAAAAGGAAGGAAAGAAAAUAAGAGAAGAUUUUUCUGACGAAGAACGAAAAUUACAACCUAGGAAUUAAUUAGGAAUUGAUUGAUUAGGAAGACGAAGGACAAAAAAUAAUUAUAAAAAUAAUAAAUUGCUGUUGCUAUUGAUUCCCCGCAACAUUUCACGGUCGUAUCACAUCUCUCGCAAACCUUUCUUUAAAACUGACAUCCUACCUCCCUUGCUUCACCAUUUUACAUUUAACACCAGUAUUCACAACAGACAAAAAGAACCCCUUGUACCCCUCAAAUUGAACUUGAACAAUGUCCGUUAUUGUCACUUAGAUUAUUGUUCAUUCAAGGGAUCCGUGGAAAAGGUCAACCGUCGAGAACAGAAAACUUGCGAAAUAUUCGUUAUAGUCGAGUCGCUUCUCUAAAUUCCAGUGCAAAUUCCUUCUCUAUAUUCCUAGGUCGGUUUUGCAUAGUCCAAGCCUUCGAAUGAUUUCAAAUGCUAGGGAAUUCCGGCUCUGUAAAUUCUCGAUUAGCGUUGAUUAAAAAGGUGUGUCAGAUCGAGAAGAUUUUUGCAAUUCUUUAUGAGGCCAGAUCGUGCAGUUGCAUUUUUUCGAAGACGAAUCAAAGAAUCUUAUUAAAAGCUAUUUUCAGAACUAAUGUAAGAUUAAUUAUCAAUCUAGGAGACACGAAAAGGUUACAGACAUAGUGGUGAUGUUAGAUCAACUUAGCAAUUAGCAACCUUAGGCUGAAAUGAAAGAAUGAUUCGAUCGUAGAAUGUCAAUAAGUUUUGAAGAAAAGACCUGUAGAUUAAGGAUCUCCGAAUCUUCAUGUUUACACAGAAUGUUAAUAUGUAAAAGA